CGAAGCCAAGCAGAGGGCAGUGUGGCCGGCCUGUGGCCGACUCUCCAGGCCGGUAGGAAGUGACCGUCCAGCCCUAGUUCCCUGGGCCCAACGCUUUGAUCCAUUACCUGCUGUACCAUGCUGUCUUGCAAUAUAUGUGGUGAAACGGUAACCUCAGAACCAGACAUGAAGGCUCACCUCCUAAUUGUUCACAUGGAAAAUGAAGUUACAUGUCCAUUUUGCAAGUUGUCAGGUGUGAGUUAUGAUGAAAUGUGUUUUCAUAUUGAAACUGCUCAUUUUGAGCAAAAUGAACUAGAAAAAAACUUUGAGAGGAUUAAUACAGUACAGUAUGGAACUUGCAAUAGCAGGAAGGACAGCACCCUACAGUGUAGAAUGGAAGUUAAUUCAAGUAUUCAUUCAGCUUGUGCAUCUAAUCAUCCGAAAAUUUCAGCUCAAGGCCCGCCUAACAAUGGUAUUUUAAAACAUAAAGGCUUUUAUUCAGAGAACUUAACUGAAUCUAGAAAAUUCCUGAAAAGUAAGGAAAAACAGUCUGACCGAACCAAAAUUAAAGGAUCAAUUUAUGAAGCAGUGUAUAGUCCUCCUGAAUGUCCAUUCUGUGGAAAAAUAGAAGGUUGUAGUCAAGAUAUGGAAACUCAUGUGAAAACAGAGCAUGCCGAUCUUUUAGACACUCCAUUGGAAGAUUGUAAUCAGCCACUCUAUGACUGCCCUAUGUGUGGGCUCAUCUGUACAAAUUACCAUAUUCUCCAAGAACAUGUUGACUUGCAUUUGGAAGAAAGCAGCUUUGGACAAGGUAUGGAUAGAGUCCAGUGUUCUAGAGAUCUAGAAUUUGCUCAACAGCUUCAACAAGAAGAAGACAGAAAGAGGAGAUCUGAAGAAUCAAGACAGGAAAUGGAAGAAUUUCAGAACCUGCAGAGACAAUAUGGUUUAAAUAAUUCUGGAGGGUACAAACAGCAGCAGCUACGAAAUAUGGAGAUAGAAGUAAAUAGGGGAAGAAUGCAUCCAUCUGAAUUUCAUAGAAGAAAAGCUGAUAUGAUGGAAUCACUAGCUAUUGGUAUUGAUGAUGGAAAAACAAAAACUUCUGGAAUUAUGGAAGCACUUUAUAGGUAUUAUCAGAGUGCUGCCACAGAUGUGAGGCGUGUGUGGCUUUCUACAGUAGUGGAUCACUUUCAUUCAUCUUUUGGUGACAAAGGUUGGGGUUGUGGUUACAGAAAUUUCCAAAUGCUGCUUUCAUCAUUAUUGCAAAAUGAUGCUUAUGAUGAUUGCUUGAAAGGUAUGUCAGUUCCUUGUAUUCCAAAAAUUCAGUCUAUGAUUGAAGAUGCGUGGAAGGAAGGUUUUGAUCCCCAAGGUGCCUCUCAACUUAAUAACAGGUUACAGGGAACAAAGGCCUGGAUUGGAGCAUGUGAAGUAUAUACACUUCUGACCUCCCUAAGGAUAAAGUGUCGUAUUGUUGACUUUCACAAGUCAACUGGCCCUUUGGGUACACACCCUCGCUUAUUCGAAUGGAUAUUGAGCUACUAUUCUUCAGAGAGAGAAGGGAGUACAAAAGUACUGUGUACAUCUAAACCUCCUAUCUAUCUUCAGCAUCAAGGUCAUAGUCAAACAGUUGUUGGAAUUGAAGAGAGAAAAAACCGAACAUUAUGUUUACUAGUAUUUGAUCCUGGAUGUGCUUCCCGAGAAAUGCAGAAACUCUUAAAACAAGACAUGGAAGCUAGCAGUGUCAAGCAACUUCGGAAAUUUGUGGGGAAUUUAAAACAUAAGCAGUACCAGAUAGUGGCAGUAGAGGGUGUUCUUUCUUCAGAGGAGAAAAUUGCCAGGAGACAAGCUUCUCAAGUCUUUACAGCCGAGAAGAUCCCUUGAAGAAGUAAGCAUUUCAGUGAUUGUGGAAUUUUAUUUAUUUUCCAAAUUCAAAUAUUAAACUUUUAAUACAACAUAUGAAUUCUCUGAAUACUCCAUUUAUAAUUUAAUUUCUAAAAUUCUAAAUUAUCCCUUUAGUACUCCAUUGUUUAGUAGUUAUUCCAAUAAAAUAUCUUGUUUGUAUUGUGGGUUUUAUAUUUCUUAUCCAUGUUUCAAGAACUGGUUUUGUAUUAUAGUCAUAUGGCUAUUUAUUGGGUUCUUACUUGUUUUAGGUAUUCUCAGUAUUUUCCGUGUAUUAAUUAAUCUGCACAAUCGUUCUGUGAGACAAGUGCUGUUAUGAGCCUGCGAGGAAGCUGAGACUCUGAGAGGUUAGUAAUUUGCGCAAGAAAGUGGUCAUCAUCCGGAGUGUGAACCCAGACUGCUCACCUCCAGGCUCUCACCAUUACAGUGUUCUGCUUUCUUCUGUUAUUAUAUAUGUAAUGAAAUUCCCUCCUCCCUACUUAGAAAUAAUCUUAAUAUUUAAUAGGCAUAGCUCUAAAAAGAGGGAUUUGCUUUUGUUAAAUAUUUACACUCGUACUUAUACAACUGUGAUGUAGAGUGUUGUGUUUAAUGUGUCCUGUAGGAAAGAAACUUUCAGAUUCGUGUUGGAUUUGCCAUGUAAGGUUGCAAGCUAGAAUCCUACUCUGGCCAAUUUAAGCAGAAGAGAAUUCAUUCAAAUUAUCAGAAGCUCACAGAAUCCAUAGGUAACUAGGGAACUCUGCUAGAACAAAGGCAACAGUAGGGGCUAGAAUAUGGCAUAAUUUACAGCAGGGUCAAUCAGGCUAGGAGCAGAGGUAGAAUGUCUGCUCAAAUUUCAGAUUCCAGAGAGGGCACGUCUGAUUAGCAUGUGACCAUAUGCCAUGGGACAGAGGCAAUUUCUCAAAAGGAAAUCCGGGUAGAUGAAGAAAUGGAUAUUAAAUAACAAAAAAGAAAAGCAGUAAGUGUCUACUACCCCAUGAAAAAAUGAACAAGAACUUGUUUGAAUGAAGUUCUAUAAAUAUUAUUUAUGGCAUCAAAUACAGAAAGUUGCACUCCAAGAAUGAAUAAUAUGUAUAGCUGAUUCACUUUGUUAUAAAGCAGAAACUAACACACCAUUGUAAAACAGUUAUACUCCAAUAAAGAUGUUUAAAAAAAGUGUGUAUUAACAGCAAGAACUGACAAAACCAUAAACUUCAUAUUCUUAAAAAAUAAUAUUGCCAGCUGGAAAAUUCUGGAAACCAUCGUUUCUAAUAUUCUGUCAUCCAGACUGGUAAACAGGUUUCUACUCUAUAUCCCCAUGCAGUUACGCUCCUUCAUGCCAUCAUUAUCUCUUACCUAGACAAUGUAAUAACCUCCUAAAUGGUCUCCCUGUCUUGAUCCUCUGUCAGUCCAUCUCCCACUCGGAAGCCCCAUACCAUUCAAAAAUACAAAUGCGAUUUUGUGACUUCUAGUUGAGUCCUCUUCAUUGCUCAUGGUUAAAAUCCAAACAUCCCACACAGUCUGGGCCCUGCAUACCUCUCCAGUUUCAUCUCUCACCACUCUCAAAGUUUCACUCCUUUCAGCCUAAAGACCUUUGCCAAAAUACAGCUGGUGCUUCCUAGGGCCUUUACCCCCUUAGUUCUCCUCUUUAGAAAGGCUUCCACUUAGAAAUGCUUCCUGAACUGCUCAAGUUUGUAUUAAAUGCACCUUCUAAGUGUUUGAUAAGCAACGUUUCUCAAAGUAUAGAUUGCUGAGCUGCAAACCGCCAGC